AUGUCGCACCUCGAGACAUGCAUGCAGCCCAGCACCCAGCCGGUUGUUCACACGCGCAAGCUGUGCUCGUGCAACGCGGUGCUGGCGCCGGGUAAAACGGAUGCCGUAACCACGGACGCACCCGUCUCGGACACGGCGCUCUUCGGGGUCAUUCUGUUGAACAGCCCAGCGAACACAGACGAGGACUUCGCCGCUUACAUCCGCUUCUUGGAGCGCCACCGUGGCCGCGUCGCGCCGGCGUCCUCGGCGAGGGAGGGCGAAGAGGAAACGGAAGCCGCCCCGGUGAGCAGAGAGCUCCACGAUCGCGGCCCCUACUUCAUUUGCGCGGACGGGGCGUACGCUGCGUUGAAGAGGUACUGCGCAGAACACUACAUCAGCAUCGCGGGCAGCGGCAGUGGCAGCAGCACCGCGGUGCAGAGCGCCUUCACAGCAUCGCGCUUGUGCGAUGCUCUCAUCGGGGACUUGGACAGCCUCUCCGCCACGCACGCCAUGCUCCUCGCUGACGCUGGUGACGCGGAAAUCGUGCUUGCGGCUGCGGCUGAUGCAGAGCCGCCUCACCGCCGUGAUGGUGGUCAGGGCAACAAUGGUGGCGACAAGCGCCUACUUUUCCAUGAUACAGUGGACUCGAUUCCGGUGGGGUUGCUGGAAAAGAUCCGGCGCAGGCGUGACGCCUCCAGGCACCUCGAGGCGUCCGCGUCGUCGACAACGCCAGUCGAGCCGUUUGUUCUGCUGCCCGUAGCGUGCCAGAUGUCGACGGACUUUACGAAGUGUGUGGCGCUGCUGCACCGUCUGUGGGCACUUGACGCUGGGAUGCCGGAUCCGCUGAACGGGGUGGACUCCCUGCACGGCUUCAAUCAGGAGGUUCCGCUUGCGGCGCAAUCGCCCGACGUCACGUCCCUUGCAUCCGAUUGCGUGGCCCGUCUCCCCGAGGCAUUGUCCACCGCCGAGAUGCAGGCAGGGGGGGAUCGGCAGGAGGCUGACCGCUGCCGACGCCUUCUCGAGUCGGUAACGCCGUCUGCACCGCUCACCACUGAGCAGCCUGCUCAACUCCUGGAGACGCGCGUCCUGCCUAACAUUGCCGUCUUUGGCGCGCUUGGCGGUCGCAUCGAUCACGAGUUCGGUGUUGUCUGUUGCCUGCUAUGUUACGCGCGAGUCUUUCAUAUCAUGGUCAUGAACAAGUACAACGUGCUCUUUGCGUGCUGGCCUGACGGGGUGACGCAGUUCAUCCUGCCGCCGUCGUGGUCGCCUUCAGCCUCGGCGCUGAGGGAGACGGCAGCGCCGUACGUGUGUGGCAUUAUUCCCUUCGGCGUCGUGCGCGAAAUGGAGACGGCCGGGCUUCUCUGGAAUGUCGUGAAGGGCCGCCCCGAGGUGUACGACGGCUACACGCAGACGAACGGUUACCGCCUUGCUUUCGACGGACUUGUCUCGGCCUGCAACACUGUGACAUCCCCGAUCGUGACGAUCGAUGUGCGGCCCCUGCGCUGCGCGCUGGGGCCGUGCUGUCCAGGCUCAGCAGCUCCCAUGAAGUGCAGCUGCGAUCCGGAUGCGCCCUCCGUAAAUCCGCCCACCCUGUUCACGCUGGGGUUGCCCGGGGUAUGCCCUGACUAUCACGCCGAUGCGCCGGCGUUCUCUUGA